AUGGUCUGGACGACCUGUAAUAAAUACUUCGUUAGCUACAUAUAUGUUCAAUACUGUGCUAAAGACCAACAGGGUCAUCAGAAAUGCAUUAAUCACAAAAACAUCCAUUGUUCAACUGUAUACUCCGUCAAUUUUUCAAAUCAGGAAAAGAUGAGGACCGUGUUGUUUACUGUGCUUAUAGCCAUAGUCCUUGCACAGGAUCGCCCACCUUCAGAUCGAGUUGUCACCACGGAUCCAGUUGAAUGUGCAGCUAACUCUGGUUUUCUGGCUGAUGAGGACCGGCCAGGUGGAGAUUGUUGUCACUUCAUUCAAUGUGAUAAUACAAAAAACAACAAGACUGGCUAUGUGGUCGCCUGUAUGUACCCUCUUGUUUGGAACAAAGAAAUUCAGGCGUGUGACGAUGACCUAAACCUUCCUCAGGAAAGUACAUGUUAUCACAGUGACUGUUCAGAGAAACCAGAGCCUAUCCCAGUGUGUGAGUCAAACGACGAACCAGCCGACGGAGAAUGCUGUAUUGUUGGGGAACCUUUGUUCUACAAACUGUUCAGUGAAGAUAGCCUGAAAUUCUAUGUGUCUAGGACCAAGGGGAAUGACACAUUUGGUGACAUAGAGUUCUGUCCCGGGGAACAAGAGUUCAAUCUCAAUGACUGCUGUUGUGAGGACAACUAUAUCAUUAUGCCAGAGUGUGACGGAGUAAAUCUGUUCCAACUUGCUUCAGACAAUUGCUGCCAAUACAACCAAUGCUUCCAGAACAAGACUGGAUAUUGGAACAAGAUGUGUAUGGGCGGAUCUGUUUUCAACCCAAAGAUUGGAGCAUGUGAUGUUGUAGAGUUCGUACCAGAAUGCGAAUCCGAUCCAUGUUUAGAUGAUCAAGUUAUGACUGAAAAACCAUGCCCCGCGGCCGAUACUUUAGAUGAAGAUCAAUGCUGCGUUGCUGGAGUUAUUUUCACUGAAGAUUCCUACUUUGGUGUCCUCGGAUCGUACUUUGUUGGUGAUCCGACGAACUUGGACAACCUCAAUUUUUGCCCACAAGAGCAGAUAUUUAGCGUGGAUAGCUGCAGAUGUGAGGGUGAUAUUGAACAACUUGGGUGUAGCUGUCUGCAUUUUACAUUUGAGAACGACAACCAAACAACAGAUAGUCUUCAAGGUGUACAGGUGAAGGGUAAGGGCUUUGUGAGUCCUGGAUUAGGAGGCACAAGCGGUGCACUUGCAGUUGAUGAUGAUACAGGGGAUUGUGCUUCAAUUCCCUACUUUUCUAGAGGAUACUUAGGGUCUCAGUUUACAUUGGCAUUUAGGGUGAAUGCCGAGGGAAACAUUUUCUCAAAUGGAGAUGAUGAAAAUCCAUCUACUUUAAAUGUUGCAAUCACACAGGGAAAUCUUAUUGUUGACAUCGAAGUUGGAGGUGAAACUAUAUCUCUCAAUGGUUUAGCGGCCCUUGACACUGAUAUUCAUGUUGCCAUUGUGAAGGAUGAGCAGGAAAUGAAGUUGUAUGUCGAAGGGGCUUUAGUUGACACACAACCUGCGAGAGGCAACUAUGAUCCCAGCGACUGUCCACUCAAGCUGUGUGGGCAGGGAAUAGUCGAUGAACUGGUGAUGUGUCAUUUCUCCUAUAGCCAAGACUUGGUUAGAGCCCUAGCUGAUGACAACAUUGUUGCUGCCAACAAUUGAUUUCAUUGUAAUAGCUAGUUGUGACCUUGAUAUAAAUAAAAAUAUACUAUACGAUGUAAUACAA